UCGUGGAACGCUUCAAUGAGGCCACAUAGAGUAGGAGCUACCGGAAUUAACUAGCGGGGAAUAUGGAAGCCGGAGCUGAAUCUGAUGUGGAUCGGCCGGUUGAUAGCGAUUCUCCGGCAGCGGAGGAAUCUGGAACGAAUCAAAACAGCGGCGGAAGAUCGGAGCCGUCGCCGUCGAAGCAAGGGGAGAUAUUAAGAACACUUGCGACGGUGGAGAAGGAUUCGCAGGCAAUCGCGGAGAGCUUCUCGUCUCUCUUUGUGUCCCUCAGAUCGACUCUCUCAGAGGCUACGAGUAGCUCGGUUGAUCACAUGGGUUGCUUCGGAGAUGCAGCAGGACGGCUUCAGGAGACUGCUUUAGAUGCUUCCACCAAAGGGAACCGUUACAUCAACUCUUGCCUUAGAUUGAACGAGGAAAUUAAAGGCGUUGAGAAUCUGGCGGCUAGGUUAAAGCACCUGAGGAGAAAUGUGGAUGUUCUUGACACGGCUGUGAACAAGCUUCUCCGUCCUCCAUGACAAGUCAUCAGCUUUCACGGAGUUUGGAUCACUUGUUUCUGGUACAGAUUUUGAUUAUAACUCAUGUUGUUCUUUUUGUAACAGAAGGUUAUAUGUUUUAAAAAGUUUUUGUUUGUUUGUCUCGUAUGUUGACAAGUGGUGAUAAACUAGAAUGCAGUUGGUUUCCGUUGAUCUGACUUUAUUUGUUCACUAUAUGAAUGGAAUCUAACUUGACUACUG